CGCCCUGACAGGAGACCACUGGACGUCAGUGAGUAACACAAAUUACUUGGGAGUAACUGCACAUUUAAUAACUAAAGCAUGGGAAUUGCAGUCCUUUGCGCUAACUAUAAUGAAAACGGAAGAACGCCACUUUGCAGAGGCAUGUGCAGAACAGUUUCAAACUGUGGCAUGCAAGUGGGAAAUUGAAAGAAAAGUUACAACCAUUGGGACUGACAGUGCACGCAAUAUGAUUGCUGCGGCUCGUAUUCUACCAUACGAGCAUAUGCCCUGUAUCGCGCACGUCAUACAGAGAAGCAUCACUGUGAGUCUCGCUGACAGCGGAUUUGUUCCUGCAUUAGCCAAGUGUCGCAAGAUUGUGGGACAUUUUAAACACAGCCCGGCAAACUUAACGGAGCUGAAUGCAGAGCAGGUGAAACUCGGACAGCAGCAGGAGCCACUGAUCCAAGACGUUCCAACGCGGUGGAAUUCCACACUUGAAAUGGUCAAACGCAUCAUCCCCAAUCAAGCAGCAAUAAAAGCAACCCUGGAUCAACAGCAGCAUAAUCUCGUCAUGCUGACGCCAGCAGAAUGGGAUAAACUCCAGAGACUGGAGACCCUUCUAGAGCCCUGCCGGUAUGUGACUCAGAUCCUGGGUGGGGAGGCCUACGUCUCCUGCUCAGUGGUACUACCUGCCCUCUGCCACUUACACCGUGUAAUGGAAACUUCUGAUGAGGACCCUGCAUACAUGAUUAGAUUUAAGACCAAAUUCAAAGACGACCUAGGCUCCCGCCAAGAACACACCAACAAUGCAUGGCUCAAGAUUGCAACCGCACUGGACCCACGUUUUAAGGACUUGAAAAGUGUGCCCAAGGCAGACAGAGAGGAGGUGUGGACCAAACUUGGAGGCCUUCUGCGUGAAUCACCUGGAAGACCUUCACACACUACUGAAGAUGGGCCACCCAAGAAGAAAAUGAACCUUCUUCUACAGCUGGGCUCAGAUUCAGAAUCAGAUGAAGAGGUACAGCCUGACAGAGCCUUACACAGGUACAGAGCAGAGCCCACCAUUGAAAUGACGGACUGUCCCUUGCAGUGGUGGUCAUCUCAUGCAGGAGCCCAUGACAAGCUGGCUCCGUUGGCUCGGAAAUAUCUAGCCACUCCUGCAUCCUCAGUUCCCUGUGAAAGACUCUUCUCACUUGCCGGUCACAUUGUGCAAAAGAAGCGGUCAGCUUUACUCUCAGAAAAUGUGGACAAAUUGGUUUGCCUCAGUAACUGGCUAAAGGAUGAAUAGAGAAGCGGGCCACAUGUAAUUGUGUAGGCCAUGUUCUUUUGGUUUGAUAAAAAAGAGAAAUCUCUUUGUUUUUCCUUUGUUGAAGAGAAAUGGCCAAGAUGGCUAGUGUGUUACAGAAGGAGACAC